UUCAAUAAAUUCCAAAAAAAAAAAAAAAAAGAACCCUACGUCAUUGCGGCGUGACACUCUCCUGCGCAAGGUGAACUUGGCUCUCUCGCUCACCAAUCAAAGUUCAAUACGGAAACAAAGAGACUCGAAUGCCAGGGAUUAGUUAUUAACUCACUUAUAAUGAAUUUAAGGAGUCCUUGACUUGGAGCUAAAAAACAAGUCGAAAUCAAUGACGGAAGUGGUUUCGAAUAAUAACGAAAAUGGAAACUUGCCCCUUGAUUCCAAAGAUAAGAUUAUGCAUUGUGUGAGUAAUUGUGAGGACCAUGGCUUUGUUGAGGAAACCUUUAGUGGAGUAGAACCACCAAAGAUACACGAAGGAAAUCAGGAUGUGGACAUUAACAUAACUGAAUGUACAAAUUCUGGCGUUGAUAGGUUACCUGUCACCGAAUUUCAGGAUGCCACUGAUAAGUCGAGUUCUUUCGGUGGCACAAUGUCUGGGGAUGAGAACGAUUCUGCAAUAAGUGAUGCUGAAGUUGAAUCAGCAUUAUCUGGUGGCAGUCCGUUCGGAUCUCUGUUUGAUGGAUUGUUUCAAAUGAGGAAGAGAAAGUUGACAGAUCAUUGGAGGAGGUUUAUUCAUCCUCUUAUGUGGCGAUUUAAAUGGUUAGAGCUGCAGCUUAAGGAACUUAAGUCUCAAGCAUCAAGAUAUGAUAGAGAGAUUGUGGAAUAUGAUCAGAAAAGGAAGUUUGAAUAUGAAAAGUUCACAAUUGAAGGGCUUAAUGUAAAGUCACAACCCUUUCAAUGUCAAGUUCAAAGGAAGAAAGUAAUGAAGAGGAGGAAAAGAAAACGGAUUGAAAAUACUACUGAUUUAGUAUCUUACAUGUCAUGUCAUAACAUCUACUCGUAUUAUGAAAGUAAGAAAUCUGUCAUUGCUACUGCCACUCUGGAUGAUGAUAAUGGUAAAUUAGGAACCAAAACAGACUACACCAAUGAUGACUAUGGAUUUAUUGAUGACUUGUCUCAUCUUGAAUUCAGUGACACUGAUACUCUGUCGGAACAGAUCCUUAGAAAGAUUGAUCUUCUUCAAUCGCAAGCUCGUAAACUAAAGACCAGAGUUGACAAGACGGUGACUGAAAGUCCUCGAAAGUUCUCUUCCAUUAAUAUGUUGAGUUCACCUGCAUUAACCGGUUCUAGAAAUCAACCUUCUCCAACUCGGAGUGGAGAUAGAGCCCUGGUUAGAUCGCAACAUACUUCAUCCCAGCAUCGAUCUGAAUGUCACUUUAGAGUUCUUUUUAGGCCUGGAAGUGCAGUCUCAAGCCAUGGAGAGGUGACUCCCUUUCCUGAUAUGAUUGAGGGCUCCGGUCAGCAUCUUGCUGGGAUUUCUUAUGAAAAUAAGGAGGAUGAUAUUUUGAUACAUAAUCAGGCUGCCAAGGAAGAGUUGCAAAAUUUUCAAAGUGGUUUAACUCAGAAGGCAGAGGAAUCGUGGAUUCCAAUUGAAAAUUCUAAGACAGUUUCUACUGCUCUUGCUCCUGCAGAUAACCCCCCUACAAACCCUCCUGUUCCACCAAAUGUGAAGUUAACUUCUACUUCCAAGUCAAAGGGCCCUAGCAACAAAAGGAAGAGAGGAAAAAGAAAAUCAGGCACAGGUAAGUGGAGUCGGAGAUCCUCAGGUUAGCUAAAUUUAUUAAGUUGGGAUUUUGUAUGUAUACAUGUUAUGAGAAAAGAACACCUGGAAGGGCAGUGGUAAACUUUUGAUGCUAUCUAUAAUUAUAUCUUUGUACAUGCUUAGUAUCUAUUUCCCAACCUUCUUGUUGCAUCAAGUAUGGUUUGUACAUGCACUUCUCACCCUGAGGGGUCACACUUCUUCAGUAUAGAUGCCAUGUGGUAUUCUAAGUA